GUCCGCUGCCUUGGCACACCACGGCAGAAGCCCACAUGAAACACAGCCUCGUUGCGUAGGUGUAGCUAUAUCACAAAAGUGACGUCGACAGUUUGCAACAUCUUGCUUUUCUUCCAAGUCAAGACCUUCAUCCUUCCCAAUUUCGCAAGGAAAGGUCGUCGACAUGGAUGUACCAUUGAUAGAGGAAGGCGGCGUGCAUCCGCAUCCAGGACGUUCAUGGCUAUCUCUACUCUGGACUAUCCUUCUUCCAAUCGCUGUCACAGUAUCUACUCUGGUAACUGGAUUUAUCCUCACUCUGCCGUCUCCAUACAAUCCUCACCAACAGAACUCGAUAGACGAGUCAUCAUUCUCUGAAGAUGACAAGAAGAACAAAGACUCUGGAUAUGCCUAUUAUACCAAGACUCGUGGUGCCAACAAGUCCAUAAAAUCAGAUGCUUCAGUCACUGUUCUGGUCCUGGGCGAUAUCGGGAGAAGCCCUCGCAUGCAGUAUCACGUCGCCAGUAUAGCAGCUUCUGGAGGCCACGUCAGUCUGAUCGGUUAUCUCGAAUCUGAGCUGCUGCCCGAGAUCCGCAACAACCGCUUCGUCACCGUCAUUCCCUUGGCUCCUCCACCUGAGGCUCUUCGCAAUGCCAACAAGAUGUUAUUCCCUAUCAUCGCACCUCUCAAGGUCCUCUGGCAAAUUGGAACGGUCUGGCAUGCAUGUGGCUACCGCACCAAGGCCACAAAAUGGAUGCUGGUUCAAAAUCCUCCUUCAAUUCCUACUCUGGCAAUCGCACAAGCUAUGUGUUUCAUCCGUCAUACACGUCUAAUCAUCGACUGGCACAAUUUCGGCUACACCAUUCUCGCAUUGAAGCUGGGCAACAAACACCCUCUAGUCAGGAUAUCGGAAAUGUACGAGCGCUACGUAGCUCGCGCUGCAGAUGCACAUUUCUCAGUCACAAACGCCAUGGCUCGCGUUCUGAAGCAGCGUUUCGGUGUCGAGGCCACUCCUCUCCAUGACAGACCUGCUGAACAAUUCCAACCACUUUCAGCAGCUGAGCGCAAGGAGUUCUUGCACAGACUUCCCGACACUGCGCACUAUGCCAAACACAUCACUCAUGGAAGCUACAGACUCCUCGUCAGUUCCACAUCCUGGACCGCCGAUGAAGAUUUCUCCGUUCUUCUUGACGCUCUCGUAGCCUACUCAGCCACUAUCUCCAUGUCGCCCACCUUCCCCAAGAUUCUAGCCAUUAUUACAGGAAAAGGGCCACUGAAACAAUACUACCUCAACAAAAUCGAGCAACUUAACAAGGAGAAGAAACUUUCUAACGUCAAGAUUCAAACUGCUUGGUUGAGUAAUGAAGAUUACGCUUCUUUGCUCGGUUCAGCUGAUCUGGGAGUCUCAUUGCAUACGUCAUCUUCUGGUGUGGAUUUGCCUAUGAAAGUGGUGGAUAUGUUUGGUACUGGGUUGCCUGUCAUCGGAUGGUCUCGAUUCGAAGCUUGGAAAGAGUUGGUCAAGGAAGGUGUCAAUGGUUUCGGUUUCAGCAGUGCUGACGGGCUUGAAACUCUGCUGGAGGAAUUGUUCAGAACAAAUCACGGACAGACUUUGGCGGCGAUUAGGAGAGGCGCGCUGGAGGAAUGCAGCAGGAGGUGGGGGGACGAGUGGUUCCCUGUUGCUGGCAAGUUGUUGGGACUGCAGAGAGAGGGCGAAGGCGAGGGCAACAAUGUGGAUGCUGUUGCUGAUGGAGAGUCAAAAGUCAUUUGAGGUUGUUGAUUAGAAGCUUUCCAACGACAAUCCAUGUAUGUAUCUAUAUAUGUAGCGAAAAGUAGCGAGCAUCUGAAUUUUCUAUUCCUGCAGUGCUGUGUGAUUGGUGAUACGAGAAGCCACCUGUCUAUCCCUUAACCCAACAGCACCGACACUCGCCGAAGACGUCCUAAACGCCGACGUCGAAGAAGGCAAAUCAUGCAUAUAAAC